AUGGAGACCCCCACCACACAGCCCCUCCCCGGCGCCACGCCCGGGCCCCAGGAGGCGCCCGGCACCCAGCUGCUCUACGUGGGCCACCUGAACCCCCAGUUCUCGGUGCCCGUGCUCAGCUGCCUGCUGCGGGACACGCUGGAGCGGCUGGAGCUGCCGGUGGCGCGGGAGCACAUCGAGGUGGUGCGGCGGCCACGCAAGGCCUACGCGCUGGUGCAGGUGCCCGCGCACAAGGCCACGCUGGCCGCGCUGCCCUCGCGCCUGCAGGUGGCCAUGGAGGAGCACCAGGUCCUGCGGGAGCUCGUGGCCCGCGGGAAGGAGCUGGUGGUGGGGGAAGGCCGGGGGCCCUCCGGCCACAGAGAGGAGGACAGUGGCCCCAGCCCAGUGACUAGCCCAGGGCCCAGCCCUGGCCCUAGCCCGGGCCCCAGCCCCCCGCGGGACUGGCUCUCCACCUCCCCCAGCCCGCCCAGGACGCCACGCUGGGGCAGCCUCCAGGGUCAGCCGAGCACCGUGCGCUCUGACAGCGCCCUGGGGUACCAGGAGAUCCUGGGCCAGGAGCGGCUGUUCCAGGGCGCCUGCCUGGGCAGCGAGACGCGCAACGUGGAGUUCAAGCGGGGUGGCGGCGAGUACCUGAGCCUGACCUUCAAGCACCACGUGCGGCGCUACGUGUGCGCCUUCCUCAACAGCGAGGGCGGCAGCCUGUUCGUGGGCGUGGAGGACACGGGGCUGGUGCAGGGCACGCGCUGCAGCCGGCGCGAGGAGGACCGCGUGCGCCUGCUGGUCGACUCCAUCCUGCAGGGCUUCCGGCCGCAGGUCUUCCCCGACGCCUACACGCUCACCUUCAUCCCGGUGGUCAGCGCCACCACCCACGCCCCUCUCAAGGUGAUCCGUCUGAGCGUGCACGUCCCCAAGACCCCCGUCGAGCCCCGGCUGUACGAGACGGACCAGGGGGAGGUGUUCCUGCGGCGGGACGGGAGCAUCCAGGGCCCGCUGUCCGUGCACGCCAUCCAGGAGUGGUGCCGGCAGAAGUGGAUGGCCGAGCUGAGCAAGCUGGAGGAGCGGGUGAAGGCGCUGACGGCGGAGAAGGAGCAGCUCCGGCAGCAGCUGCAGCGACGCCAGCCCCAGUCGUGCACCUGCUGCAUCAUGUGA